ACAGAAUGAAUAACCUUCCGUUGACAAUAUUUGUGAUUGGAUUCUGCACAAAACUUUCACUGUCAGUUACAGAAAACAGUUGUGAAAAUGGUGAUAUAAAAUGUAGGGAUAACGUGCAAUGUAUUCGAAAUCGAGGACUAUGUAAUGGAUAUAUCCAAUGUAACGAUCAAUCUGACGAAGAUCCUGAUUUCUGCAGAGAGACACAAUGUGGUCGUUUAGAGAUAAAAUGUAAAGAUGGAUUACAAUGUAUUUUUAAAUCUGAUCUGUGUGACAAGUACGAAGAUUGUGACGACGGAUCUGAUGAAGACGAAUAUGGCUGCAAGGCAGAACAAUGUCUUAGUUAUGAGGUAAAAUGUAAAAAUGGAUUACAAUGCAUUUCUAAAACUUACGUGUGUGACAAUGGCAUUGAUUGUGAAGACGGAUCUGAUGAAGAAAACUGCGACGAAGCAAAGAGAAAUAUAAAUAGUUUCAUGGACUAUCACAAAGCAGUGCGUGGACUAAAGAAGUCAAAAUGAAGAUAUUUGGAUACGAAUGUCUUCGACUAUGAAUGAAUAGUUCGCCAUUGUUUAGUAUGUCUAGUUGAACAUUGUAUAUAUUGUUACUCAUAUACAACAUGUACAAUAAUCAACAAAAUAUAGGCACAUAAAAUAAGACAAUUGUUAUAUUAAUUUAAAGGAAAAAGUAUAUCUUACUCGUAACACUAAUUUGGUUUUUUUUUUAAUUUGACAGUAGUUUGAAUUUUUAUCCAUAAAUAAAACAUUGCUGCCACCUUUAAUUUGAAUGUUUGUCUUCACCUCUGUUGCAUAAAAUGAAUUGAAACCA